GGAGAAAUGCAAUCUCCAAAGAAGAGGGCCAUGGCCGUACGCUCGUCACUGCGCGUCUGCACACUCCACGAUCUUGGUGGCAGACCCCUGUCCGCUAAUUCGCGCACGGACCUCUUUCUUCCAACGCUCGUGAACUUUUUCUGCCAUCUGAGCUCUCCCCAACGCAGCAUUGCCAAUACUUUCUGGGUUUGAAAAGAAGAAGAGGAGGAGAAUAUACAGAACUAUGGCCCCGAUGACGACUGAGUUGGCAACUCUCCGAACGCUCAGCUUUCGCAUCUCUUCUACCGCGACCGCACAACUUCCCCAGCAUGUGCCUGCCAUAGCUGCAUCCUUGUCCAGUUGCAGGACCCUUCUGUCGUCGACCCAGACGUCCAACGCCAAAUCAUCCUCAGAAGCUUCAGUCGCAGUACAUAAGUUCCGGACCUUGCUUUCAACCUUACUCCAAGAUCGGACUACCCAGGGAAGAUGGUCAGCUAUUGUUCUGAUCAAGGCCACUAUCGAAGUUGGCGGCUGGGAGACGCUGCAAAAGAGCCUACCCUGGGUGCGCGGACUUUUGAGUGUCUUGUCGAAACCUGACCCACCAACCUCAAAGAAGCUGUGCAUCAUCACACUGACCCGCAUUUUCAUGCUUACACGAGAGUAUCCGACCUUAAUCCGCGAAAUUACGACUCCGACGCUGCCAGCAUUCGUACAGACGGGUUUGCAGAUUGCUGGUUCAAGAUCAUCAGCUGGCCUUCUGCUCACUGUACUUCGGUGUUUCUAUGAGUUGCUACCAAGGCAUCCGACCAUCUUCCGACCCCACCUCAAGACGCUCCGACCGCUGCUGUGCCGCCUAGUCGCACCUACUCCCUCCUCUGGACUGUCAGCAGAUCAACCCCAAGAUGCUGUCUCGUCCGAGAUCUCGGACGCUGCACGCAGAUUGCUUGUUCAGAUGCCAUGCUGUGCGCCUAAGGGUGCGUUCAAUGAAGAAUGGGAGAACGCGCUGCGAACCACAGUCGGUGGCGUGCAUCGCGUCGCUGAUCGGGUCUUCCGUGCAGUCCUCGAGGAUUGGCAGUCUACAGUGCGAGAGACUCCUGCUAACAGUCACACUUUGGAUGGCGAGGUCCAGGACCUUGAGGACGACUACCUAUCUCUACCACCUUGGUCCGGAAUCUUUGCCGGUAGCGAGAGACUUAUUGGUCUUAUUCAGCUUGUCAAGCAAUACCUCGGAAGCCCAACGGCGAAUGCUGUUACCUUCAAAGUUGGAGUUAUUAUGGAUCUGAUCACUCGAAUGCUGUCACUCACAGUUCCUGCGUCUGGGUCAAAGUCCUUCCAGAACACCGUAAGGAUCAACAGCCAAGUCAGCAAGGAGGAACGGGAAAACCUCUGGCUGGUACUGCCUGCUGUUCACGUCGCCGCGGUCGAGCUCCUCCUAGCCAUGGCGAACCGACUGCAGGCGAGCACACUCGCUAUCGAUACUUUAGUCCUCGACCAGCUCGUGUGGGUGUUCGGCUCCGAGAAGGACAACGCGCAGGUGCGGACAGCUUGCUACCGAGCCAUUGCAGCCCUCCUCGAGCGAUCAGGCGUGACCUUACCCAAACCAUCCAUUGACUCGCUUGUCCCACUUAUCCGUACUUGUUGUGAGGAUCUUCUGCCUUCUGAGACCAGUCCUACUGUUGUGAAGGACACCCCAGGACAGGCCAAGUCGAAGGGCAACAGCCAGCCUCAGACUUCUGCAAAUGCAGACUCCUUCCUGGGUUCGAAGUCUGUGAGUGAUCCCACUGCCAGGUUCUUGGGCCUGGAAGACGCUGCGCACGAUCUGCUGCCGGUACUACUUUCAGAUGUACGCGCGCAAUACUUUUCCGACUCCUUGAGGGCGCGCCUCGACCGCACUGCUGUGCUCAUCCAACACAAGGAUGCCAUGUUAGCAAGUGUACUCAAUCCGCCGCCGAGCAAGAAAUUUGGCAAACCGGCAGCCAGUAUACUACCUCUCAUUGCUCGGUCAUUCCAAGGAGAUCGCGACAUUGAGGGUAUGACGAGGCCCCGAAUGCCGGUUAUUCGUCUCGGCACUCAGGAUGCCGAGCUGGACGAUGAACCUGAGGAAGAAGAUGAAGUGGAGGCGGAAGGAGACAAAGAUACCGAUGACGAAGCUCAGGCUAACGAGUCUUUCGUGGGCCAGGAACUCGACACAAUGCUCAAGACGGCAGGAGAAACAGACGUAGUCAUGCGAGACUUCUCUAGGAAUGUAGCUGCUGAGCCUUCUGUACCGACAGCGGUGGAGGAGCAAGGGCCGUCUGAGGCACCCAGCAAACGAUCCCACACUGGCGAGACCCCUCUUUCCCCUGCGAAGCGGGUGCGAUUUGACGAAGCAAAGUGGGCGGCAGUGCCGGCCAUGCCACCAGCUGUCAACGCAUCUGUUCAACCGGUAGAGGAACCAAGGAAUACCGAGCUACCCGUGAUAUCGGACUUUACUGUCAGCUCCACCGCUUCUGCAAUCCCCGAUUUGCCAAUGCCAGGCGAAGGCGGUGACGACAGUGAGGACGACGACGACGACGAUGUUGUGCCACUGGUAUUCGGGCAAGACAGUGACGAUGACUCUGAGUGAUUUCUGGGGUGUCGCAAACAAUUCGUAGGGGACAACGUUGUUUCUCUGGUUCAACAAAUGUCAACUAUAGUUCGCAGCGAAUGCACGGACCGUCUAUCAAUAAAGCAACAAUUGCUCACAAGUUGACCUUAGAAUUGCGCAAACUUUUCCACACACUUUCAAAGCCGUAUUCUACACUCGAAAGUCUAGCAGAUACCCCAAUGGCGUCUCGACACUUGUUGAAGAACUCUCGCACAGCCUUCAGCUCCCGCCAUUCACCAUACCCAACGAACACCCCAGUCGCAACACAUUUGCAAGCCAGCAGCUCACGCACUGCUUUCACGCCAAAUUCUCCAGAGCAGGUUGUACCCGUACAGCCCGUUGUGCUCCGCUACGAAAAAUACCAGGACGACAUGCCCGUCAAGUCAACAGAAGCCCAGGAGCAAGGCUUCACCGGCAUGCGCCACUACGCCUUCAUGUACAAGCAAAA